AUGUCGAAGAAGGUGUCUAUCAUAGGAAACGGAAACUGGGGAACAACGAUAGGAAGGCUGAUAGCGAUCAGCACAAUGGAAAGCAACAUAUUCAGCAAUGAAGUCAGGAUGUGGGGAUGCUACGAGGAAUUUGAAGGAAGGGUUUUGAAUGAAAUAAUCAACAGCGAAAAUGUAAAUCCAAAGUACCUGCCUGGAAUACAUCUACCGGAGAAUCUGAGGGCGGAGAGUGAUCUCUGCAGUCUUGCAGACUCUGAUGUGCUUGUGUUUGCAUUGCCUCACCAAUACAUCGAUGUGAUUGCACCUCUAAGAGGAUUGGUAAAAAGCAGUUGCAUUGGAGUGUCUCUGACAAAGGGAUUCAUAGGUACCGAGGAUGGAGAUAUAGAUCUAGUGAGCAGAGUGAUACAUAAAAUGCUGGAUAUAAGCGUGAGUGUGGUGAUGGGGGCGAACAUUGCAAACCAAGUUGCAAGAGAUAUGAUAAGUGAGGCAACAUUGGGAUGCAUUGAUGAUGAUGCAGCAGAUGUGAUAUACAAGCUUUUCAAUAGCUACACAUAUCGAGUGACUAGAAUAAAGGAUGUGUACGGAGUAGAGAUAUCUGGAGCAUUGAAGAAUGUAGUUGCCAUGGCAUAUGGAUUUGCAGAGGGGCUAGGAUACUGUAGCAACACAAAGGUAGCAAUAUUCCGAGGAGGGCUUGCAGAGAUGAGAAAGUUUUUUAAGUUUUUUUAUCCGAUGGCCACUCUUGAGUCACUGUUCCAAUCUUCUGGGAUAGGAGACCUUCUUGUGUCGUGCAUGGAAGGCAGGAACUACAGCUGUGCAAAGAUGAUGGCAGAAAAGAGACUGAAGCUAAAUGAAGCAGAAGAAACGAUGUGCUAUACGAAGCUGCAGGGGCCCGGGACUGCUUUUAUUGUCUUCAAUUAUCUGAGGAAGCAGAACAGAGUUGACGAUUUCCCCCUUAUGAGCACUGUUUACAGAAUAUGCUAUGAAGGCCACGCCUAUGAUGCAAUUCUAGAAUGUAUUUCUUCAGAGUCUAUAGAAAAAUGA